AUGGCAACGACCGUUGAUGCAGAAGUCCUUGCUGGGUUUAUCACCCUGGCCAACUUAGAUGGCCUUCGAAAGUUUGCACCACCUAGCUUCGACUGGAGCCAGCUUAUCACUGAGGACAGAGUACCCGCGCUCGUACAUGUCAUAAGCCAAGGGAUGGGACAUGAAGAGGCCGCAAGCUUUGUAAAGAUCGCGGAAUGGCUGCUGAAAGCUGGGGCAGAUCCGCGAGACAAGGUUCCACUCGCCAACAAAAAGCGCUUCAACCUGUGGAAGACAAUUGCUAAAGAAAAAACCCUCAUCGCUGUUGCAUAUGCUGGGCACUCCGCUGUUUCCUACGCCUUCGCCUGGCUUUCUCAACUGCAGCUGAGCAAAGGCGGUGCGGACUGGUCAGCCGCGCGACGGUAUGUAGAAGACAUUGUGGCACUCUUUGCGAGGACGACACCUGGCAAGAAAUCCAAUGGUGCAGACGUCAACGUGCCGCAAAGUACUGUGGACCUGUGGGAGUCCAUGCGCGACUCGACCUCCUCACACAACGUGAUCUUCGAAGCUUGGGGCGGGGAGGUGUCGGCACACGACCAGAUCCUGAUUCUUGCCUCGCCAGUACUCAAAGCCAUGCUCGAGUGUGCGAUGAGGGAGGGCAGCAGCAGGCGGAUUCAAGUCAAGGACUCCUCAUGCGCGGGCGUCUCGCUCUUCCUGGAUGUCUUGUACACAAGCUCUACUCACCAGGAUCCUGACCACAACACCAUGCUUGUGGCAAUGGACCUAGCGCACCGUUGGCAAGUUCAUGGCGUGGUGCAGACGCUGUGCAACGCACUGCAGAACAUGAUUGAUUCCAAGAGCUUCGUGGCCAUUGCAGAGGCUGCAGUGCUUAAGGGGCUGCCAGCACUGGAGCGAGCAUGUGCCUCCUUCGGCUCCACAAACAAGCAAGUGCAAGAAAUGCUCAAGAAAGGUAGUCUCCCGGCGGCUGUGCGGAAGCUGCUUGGAGAGUCUGAGCAUGCCAGUGGUGAGCAGCAACAGCCGAAGAAGCCGCGGCGGUUCCUGUCAUCAUGA